GUGCAUACAGAUUUGGGCCGCACAAUAUGUUCUGUUGUCUUAGAAUUUACAAACAAUCCUCCUAUGAUAUUUGGUACUGAGCACCCUCAAUGCACGCCGCCAAGUCAGUUACCAUAUACACCACAGCCUCAAGCAGCUGCUCCAUUUGUAGCACCAUAUCCCGUCAAUCCUAUAUCAACAGUACCAAGUGGCAUGAAUUAUAUACCACAGAUACCAAUGCCAACGCUGACGACCUCCAGUCCAGUGCCAAUGUCAUGUUCUUAUACAAUGCCGACAGUGCCCACAUCGUUUCCAGACCUUCAUAGUAAAACAGUUUCACAACUACAGGCAUUCAACGCAGAGGAACAUAUUCUAGCAGAAUAUUCACUUAAUUUACCGCAGAUGAAGAAAUUACAAGUCGACCGUCUGGAUUUGUGCAAUGCUAACGAGGAUUUAGCAAAGAUUAAUCUGAGAAAGAAACCCUAUUUGGAAUCUCAGAAAGAAGAGUUAAGACAAAAAUAUGAAAUAUUGGAACAGCUGAGAAAACAGUUUGAUAUAGAUUGUCAGAAACAACAAACCUUAAGUGAAAGAUACAAUCCAUCCAACCUUCUUACACAUCUAAAGAUUGCAUCAGCUGAAGCUGAGGAGGAGUCAGAAAAAAUUGCUGAUUUAUUUUUAGAUAAACAGAUUGAUAUUGAAUCCUUUGUGCAACAGUUUAUGGAGAAACGAAAAUUGUGUCAUACAAGAAAAGGUAAAGAAGAAAAGCUGAUGCAAUUGGCUGAUAGGCGAUACUAAUAUCUUCUUACCACUGAUGAUGUAAUCCAAGAUGGCUGAGAACAAAUCCAAGAUGGCUGAAAGUCAACUGAUGCAUGAUUGGAUACUUGGAUAUUCAAUCCAAGAUGGCUGAGAGCCAACAGACAUGUGAUUAAACAUUGGAUUAUACAAAUCCAAGAUGGCUGCUCGUAAUUCAAGAUGGUUGGAUACUUGACUAU